AUGAUGAAACUUAUCAGCUCAAUUGCUUUACUUUUGGCAGCAUUAUUUUACUUCAUUGGCCAAACUAAUUCUUCAAAAGAACUUACCAAAUUGCCACCAAUCACUCAUGAAGUUUAUUUCGAUAUCGAAGAAGAAGGAACUCCAAUUGGACGUAUAACUUUUGGAUUAUUCGGUACAGUGGUUCCAAAAACGGUUGAAAAUUUUAGAGCAUUAUCAACUGGUGAAAAAGGAUUUGGAUAUCAAGAUUCUAUCUUCCAUAGAGUUAUCAAAGACUUUAUGUUACAAGGAGGUGAUUUUACUCAUGGAACAGGUGUUGGUGGUAAACUGAUUUACGGGAAUAAAUUUGCUGAUGAAAAUUUUGAUUUGAAACAUGAUAGACCAGGAUUAUUGUCAAUGGCUAAUGCUGGACGUGAUACAAAUGGAUCUCAAUUCUUUAUUACUACAGUCCCUACUUCAUGGUUAAAUGGUAAGCAUGUUGUUUUUGGUGUAGUUACUGAUGGUUUUGAUGUUGUUCAAAAAAUCGAAAAUGCAAAAACAAGUCGUGGUGAUCGUCCAGUGAAAGAAGUAAAGAUUGUGAAAUCGGGUGAAAAUAAGAUCGAAACAGAAAAAGAUGAGCUUUAA